GUCUUGUUCUUGUCUACAUAAUUUUUCUGUUAAAAAGCUACUCAAUUUUGAAGGGACAAACAAAAACAUACAAAGAAAAAAAAAAAAGAGUGUUGUGAUGACAGAAUCAAUUCAACUCCCCAUUAUCGACCUUACUUCUCCUGAUCGUAUUUCCACCGCUCGUGCAAUUCGUCAGGCAUGUGUAGAAGUUGGUUUCUUUUACCUUAUAAAUCAUGGGGUAGACGAAAAGUUGUUUAAGAAAGUGAUUGAACAGAGCAAAAAGUUUUUCUCUCUGUCCCUUGAAGAGAAGAUGACACUGGUUAGGAGGAAUCACAGAGGUUAUACUCCCCUUUAUGCUGAGAAUCUUGAUCCCUCAUCUACUACUCAAGGUGACUCAAAAGAAAGCUUCUACAUUGGUCCUCUGGAAGGCAAGAGUGUUGUUAGUAACUUGAAUCAAUGGCCUGCAGAAGAGGUUCUACCCUGUUGGAGAUCAACCAUGGAGGAUUACCAUAGAGGAGUCUUGGAUGCUGGGAUAAGACUAAUUUCACUCAUCGCUUUGGCACUGGAGUUGGAUGAGGACUUCUUUCAUAAAGCUGGGGCAUGUGAUUCACCAAAUGCAUUCCUACGUCUGUUACAUUAUCCAGGUGAGUUACAAUUAUCUGAACAAGUGGUGUAUGGUGCUUCUGCUCAUUCAGACUAUGGGAUGUUAACUCUUCUAGCUACAGAUGGUGUUGGUGGACUUCAGGUUUGCCGGGAGAAAUUCAAGCGACCCCAGAUAUGGGAAGAUGUGCAUCACCUCAGUGGGGCUUUCAUAGUUAACAUUGGAGAUAUGAUGGAGAGGUGGACAAACUGCUUAUUUCGGUCUACAUUGCAUAGAGUUAUGCCAACAGGCCAAGAGCGUUAUUCGAUGGCUUUCUUUUUGGAGCCAAACCCAGAUUGUGUGGUGGAAUGCUUGAAGAGUUGUUGUAGUGAUUCAUCUCCUCCCAGCACUUCCGAACCCCCUCGGCGGACAAAAAUACUGUUUUUACAAGAUAUCCUCCAAUUCGUGCGGGAGACUACUUGGAAGAGCGCCUUAAAGUUACAUAUGCAUCAUAGGCCAAUGAACACUUACAGGUGGAGUGGUUUUCUCUCAUAUGACCGACAUUGUUACACUUCUCAGCAUUUACAAUAUGCAAUCAGCUUCGUCUUAUAUAUUUGUACUGUUCCAAGAUUUCAUACAAAACAAAAAAAUGUGGCGUCAAACCUUUAACUAUUGUUGUGCACAUUGUUAUAUAACUAGUUAGAGACCUCUUCAGGAGAUUCUCUUCUUGUGAAAAUUACAGGAAA